AUGAUGCUGUUUGAAGUCAAAGAGCCCAUUUAUGAUCAUAAGCCGAUUGGAGACGUGACGUACAGCCGAGAGAUGGGUUACCCCAACACGUGGUUUAUUGUAAUGGAUUCGCGAGAAUUGCCCGUAAAUCAGGUGAAGGCCUUUGAGUUAUGCGGACAACAAUUGGUGGCGUUUAGGGGGCCGUCGGCUGCGGUCCACGUCCUCACCGCCUAUUGUCCACAUUUGGGCGCAAAUCUCGGUGUCGGCGGACAUGUGGUGACUGAGUCAUUAUGCGGACAACAAUUGGUGGCGUUUAGGGGGCCGUCGGCUGCGGUCCACGUCCUCACCGCCUAUUGUCCGCAUUUGGGCGCAAAUCUCGGUGUCGGCGGACAUGUGGUGACUGAGUCAGAGUCGGACGACGACUGUAUUCAGUGUCCAUUCCAUGGCUGGAGGUUUGGCGGAGACGGACAGUGCAAACAAAUACCUAAUCUUAAAAAGAGUGAAUUAAAACCAUUGAAUGCAAGGGUUAAACGGUGGCGAGUGAUGGAGCAAAACGACAUGAUAUACGUCUGGCAUCACACAAGCGAUGCAGAGCCCGACCACUGCCUCCCAGACCUGUCCAAGAAGUACAACAUUCCCAACCUUACAGUACUCUCCAAAUACACCUACAAGAUAUACACAUCAUCACAGCAAGUAAUGGAAAACCUAAUUGACAUUGAGCACAACGACUAUGUGCACGCGCAUUUCAUCAGGGGUGUUCUAAGCACCAAGUUCAUUAUAACGGGCGAUGGCACUGAGGACAGUCCGAUGGUCGUAUUCAUCGAUAAAGUCACCACAAUGCACCUGGAGCAAAGGGCGUGCACACCCGCAUACGCCGAGUCCCACAUCAAAUACAUCGGUAUACCAGGGGUUACGCCCGCGAUGUUAAUCUUGUCGGCUAUCAGUUUGGCGCCCGAAAGGAUGCUCUUCAACACCCGAUUUCUGGGCACUCCUACCCUAUGGAAUCAAAUUGUAUUAUGGUUGUUUCACCGCAUUUAUCUAUAA